AUGUCGGUCAACGGACAGUCCUUCCUCCUCGACCCGGAAAAGAAAACUGGUGCCAUGCGAUACAGUCAUGCCCGAGUCGUCUCACCAAACACUCACCACACAAUCUACAUCUCAGGCAUCGCCGCCGUUACGCCAGACGGCAAAUACGAAGGUGUAACUGAAAAGCCCGACGGAACAUAUGAACUCGACAUUCGCGCACAAACCGCUGCAGUUCUACGACGAAUCGAGAGUAUUAUCAAGGGUGCCUCUGAUGGAAAGGCUGAUCUUUACAAUAUUGUGGACGCGGUUAUUUAUAUCUUGGAUAUGAAAACACAAUAUGCCGGCAUGAAUGAGGAGUGGAAUAAGAUCUGGGGUGAUCGUGCCAGUGCGCCUGCGAGGGCGACGAUUGGAGUGAGAGAAUUGCCGGAUCCCAGGUUUUUGGUGGAAAUCAAAGCUACUGCCAUUUUUGAGAAAUAG